AUGAUGUCGAGUGGAGUCAGAUAUUCUGAAAGAAAUGAUCCUAAUUGUUCCACGACUUUUAACCAAAAAGUACCAGAAGAUGAACCACGUCCAGAUUAUCAUUUUUUCUGUCAACUUGCCCAUGGAAGCCCCACUGGAAUUAUACAUGGCUUUACUACAGUCCGUCAGCUCCACACCAAAAUAUCGGAGUGUUUUGAUAUAAAUCCAUCUCAGAUAAUGUUUUGUACUCGAAAUACCCAUAAAUUAGAUAUGGAUAAAUUAUUAACUUAUGAAAUUGGUUUAAAUGAUUUUUUAUUUGCACAUAUAAAAGGACAACCAAAAGAGAUUAAAAUACGUAAAACAAAUGAUUUAUUUGGUUUAACAUUAACAGAUAAUGGUUGUGGUAUAGUUAUUAUAAAACGUAUUAAACCUGGUAGUUUUAUGGAUAAAGUAUCUAAAGCUUGUGGUGAUUUUAUAAAACCUGGUGAUCAAAUUGAAAAAAUUAAUAAUAUAUCAUUUAAUGGUCGACGUCAUUAUCAUGUAGCAUCAUAUUUACAAAGUAUUCCAAUAACAGAUGUAUUUUGUCUACGAUUAAUAUCACCAGAACGUUGUCCUAUGUAUAUGAUCAGUUCACGUUCAAAAAAUAAAAAUAAUCAUAUUGGAUCAGGUAAAAGAACUAUUCGAUUUAAACAAGAUGGUAAUAUAGAAGAAAAUGAGAUUGUAGAUGUUGAAAUUGAAGGAAUUCAAAGAAUUAAUGAAAUACUUGAUGAUAAACUUGGUUUUGAAGAUAAUGAGCUUGCAUUAUAUAUAUAUAAAUUAGCUAAAUCUUCAAUCAAUCCAAAUGAUUUAGAUCAACAUAUUAAUAAGAAUAAAUUAUUUGAUUUUAUAUUACCAAAAUAUUUAAUUAGACAAUUUUGGCAAACAGUUAAUUGUAUAUGA